AAACGUUGCCUACUACCCUCCACGCAAUCAUGUCGGAUAAUCCUUUGAGCGGUGGUGACUCGCCGGAGGCGUCUUCGAUAAGUUCACACCCAUCUGAAAACCACCCAUCUGUACUUCUGGUUUGAUCGUCGCCUCGAUUGUGAACUCCUGUCUAUGGUCCAUGAGACUCUUGGUGCCACGCUCGUCUAGACCCGAUUCUGCCAACGACAUCAGAGUUGGGGGCAUGUGACCCCAUGCCUCCUGCUCUGAGGCGAUGACACCUGCCGCGCCAAGGAAGUGUAUCAAGAACACCGUGAUCUGAAAUGUGGCUGCCAUGGCACAACUCGUGGCCGCUGCUGGCACGAAGACCGUGUCGCCCUCGACGGUGAUUAACCAACGUGCAGCCGUCGCCACCACCAUCAUCAAGCCCGCCAGUCCGCUCAUCGCGAUGGCAGCCAAGCGCAAUACAGGCGGCGAUGCGAUCAUCUUCCAGACAGUGACAGUGUCGCCAGAUCCCGUCCACUUCCCGCCGUCUGGCUCCCAUCCGAUCUCCACGCGGACGCUGCCAGCUCGGCCCGCAAGCGGCAGGCUGAUGACCUCGAGGCUGUGCGACAGGGGCAGGUCCCUCACCUGGCGCGUCCUGGAGGCCUGCCGCAGGAGGCCGGGGUCCAGCGUCAGGGACGCCUUGCCCAGCGUCUUCGAUUAUCUUCCCGCUCGGCAUCGUGGUCCCACACCUCAAGGUGCAGAGUCAAGGCCGCCGAUGACCGUUUUACGGCAAAUGUGAACUCCUGGUUCCAAAUCGGAUUACGUUUCUUUGGGAUAAGACCUGUCCUCUUUGACGAGCUCUGUAGCCUUGACACCGCAUCCUUCAAGAACAGCUCCACGUAAACUUUCGAGGUGUUCGUGAAGGGGAGAGACCUGCCCCCACCGGGCAAUCUCGCGCCGCGGACGCAGCGCACAAUCAGAUGCCCGGGGUUUGACGAUGACGCUGUGCCGGUGUCAGUGUCAACGCGCCCCAUGGCGACGCUCGGCAAAUCCAUCGUCAUCGUGGGGAUGUCGCCCACAUCGUCAUCACGGGGCGUCGGCUGGGUAUGGCCCUCCAUGGCCUGCGGCACACCCGCGUGUUGCGGCCCCCGCGUGGCCGCACGCGUCUCAUAAGAGCUCUGGCCUAGGCUGCAGCGUGGGCUACCAACAUCGCGAUAAUGGCAAUGACGAUGAAGAAUGCAAGUUGCUUGUUCGUUUAAUGACACUGAUGCUGGUAAGAAUACUGCUGCCGAUGACGGCACGACAAUAAUGAUGACAAUGAUGCACAUGGGGUUGGCGAUGAUAACGAGAAGACUAACGGUGAACAGAAUGUCCAUGACAGCCCACGGUGAACAUAAAAGCUAACCGUGAACAUAAAAAAACUAACGGUGAACGCUAACGGCGACGUCCGUUCGGCCCACUUCCACGUCGCGGGGCGGCACAGAGCUGCGAUUCCUUCUCCAACCUCUGGGCUUCAGGUCCAGCCGCUCCGGGUCCAGCUCCAGCUUCUGCAUGAGCCCCAGCGCUGCUUCGGCACUGGUACCCGCACGUCCUCGAGAUCGAGCUGCAGCCCCCACCCGACUCCAGCUUCAGUCCCGUCCUUCAGUUCCAUCCGCAGCUUACAGCCCGUUUCAGCCCCUCUCCCAGCAAUGAUGCGUCUCAAACUGUAGAC